ACCAUUUAUCUUUAUCGUCUUUGUUCCUGCAAGCUAGACCAUUCUCUGCCUCCCUACCACCGCCCUCCUCCUCCGGGAACAAUAAAGAAGGAGUUAAGUACACCUUCUACAGGAGGCGGAGGGGGUGAUCUUCGACGUUGUUUACGUCGAAUAUAUUUGAUCAAUAUAUAUAUCGAUCAUUAAUAUGGGGAAGAAAAGAGGGUCGUCAUCUGAAUUAAACACAUUGUCCGCAUUGGUUCAAAGGCUAUCGACGAAGGUGAAGAUAUUAUUAGCCUUGACAGCAUUGAUUUCUUCCCUCGCGGCUCUAAAAAGUUUCGUCACAAAUUUCAAUAAUUUGUUCAUUGCAUCUGAAUUCGUUCAUGCCGUGGGAAUAUUAGUUCUAGUUUAUAAGCUCACAACUCGAAAAACAUGUUCAGGGCUUUCUUUGCAAACUCAAGAGCUCACAGCUCUAGUUCUAGCCGUAAGAAUUUCGUGUAGCUAUGAAAUUGGAUUUGACAUUCACACUGUUCUCGACAUUGCUUCUCUGAUGUCUACUGCUUGGGUCAUUUACAUGAUGCGAAACAAGUUAUACGUCACAUAUAAUGAGCAUCUCGACAAAACUCCCAAAUGCUAUUUGAUUGUUCCUUGUGCUAUUAUGGCUAUAUUGAUUCACCCAAAUAGUGCACUUCCCCUAUGUGCAAAGAUAAGGUGGGCAUUUGGUGUGUACAUGGAGGCAAUUCUAGUGCUUCCUCAGCUCCGGAUGAUGCAAAGAACACAAAUGAUUGAACCAUUUACUGCCCUCUAUGUGUUUGCACUUGGAGUGGCAAGAUUUUUUGGGGCUGCUUAUUGGAUUCUUCGGGUGUAUGAAUCUAGUGAGGCCUAUUUGUUCUUGCUUGGCCGAGGCUAUUUUUGGGUCCCGAUGGUGUUGGUAUCAGAAACGGUUCAAACAUUUAUAUUGGCAGACUUCUGUUAUUAUUAUGUUAAAAGUGUUGUAAGCGGAAAUCUUAUUGUGAGAGUGCCACGGGUAUGACAAGUCGAUGAUCAUUUGGAAUUUAGGCGCAGGCAGGCAGGCAUUGCCAUGAAGAUCAGAUGGAAAUAUAUUAGUUAUAGGUUGUGUAAAGAUCUUGGGUCCAUAUAAUUUGCUGCUAUAGUUUAUUAUUUUGGUUCUUGCCGGACUCAACGUCCAGUUUUGUUAUCUCAUCUGGAUGAAUCUGAAUGAGAAUGAUCUUUUUGGGUAAUUUAUAUGAUAUGCUUA